UUGGAUAACUCCAGUAAGAAAUGAUCGAGAUAACAAUAAAACUAUUCUCUUAUCUGUUUCUGAAGAUUGAUAUUAUAACCUGUUCCAAGACAAAUUUGGUGAACAUGAAGGGUUUGUGUACAUUUACAGUUUGUCUACUUUUGUCAGUGUCUGGCUGUCUGUCUGCCUCCCUGGGAUCUUCAGUCUGUGUCGGAAACACCGUGUUCUGUUUCGUGGACCCGUGCAUGGUGUCUCGCUGUACCUAUCCUGGGGCUCAUUGUGUGUCUAACUACUGCGGUGGAUGUCACGCGUUCUGGUAUGACGGUCACGUCCGACUGUCCACGGAGCAGUGUGCUGGUUCUACAGAGAACCAUUCUACAACAAUGGCGGCCCUGAUUCCUCCAUUCUGAUAUUCUCUUACUUAAUUUGAAAUAAUAUAAACCUUAUUCCAAAUCUAAUUUUAUCAAUGACAUUGAAUAAAAUUUAUUAGAAAUUGU